CUACUAGAAAUCACGCUUUAUGCUUCUACUUAAAGCGCACUCUCUGUCGCUUCGUGUUUGUACGCUUCGUAUCUCCUCCUUUUUUUUCUCGCCUCUCCUUGCUAGGGUUUUUCUGGUUCUUCCCCCCUUCGAGUCAAACAUGAGUCGUCACCCUGAGAUUAAGUGGGCUCAGAGAGUGGACAAGGUUUAUCUUACUGUUCUGUUGCCUGAUUCAAAAAAUGCCAAGGUCAAUCUUGAGCCGGAGGGAGUUUUUACAUUCUCAGCCAGUGCUGGAGCAGAAAAUCAUGUCUAUGAACUAAAAUUGGAACUUCAUGAUAAGGUCAAUGUGGAGGAAAGCAAAAUUAAUUUAGGAGUAAGGACCAUAUUCUGCAUCCUGGAGAAGGCAGAAAAGGGAUGGUGGAAGAAAUUGUUGCGUGGAGAUGGGAAGGCACCACAUUAUGUUAAAAUAGAUUGGGACAGAUGGGUGGAUGAGGAUGAUGAUGUCCCUGGCAAUGCUGAUGACUUGGGUGGAAUGGAUUUCUCUAAUUUCAGUAACAUGAUGGGAGGCAUGGGAGGCAUGGGGGGCAUGGCAGGCAUGGGAGGCCUGGGAGGCAUGGGAGGCAUGGGAGGCAUGGGAGGCAUGGGUGACUUCAAUGGUGCAAUGGAUGACAUGGGAGACAGUGAUGGAGAUGAUGAAGAACUAGAUUCUGCAAACCCAGAAGAACAUGGUGCAGACAAGGCAAAAGGAGAAGCUGGUGAGAGCGAGAGAGGAACCACAGAAGAGAAAAAGCAAGCUGCAUGAAGCGCGUGACAUUCCAAGUGCCAAAAUUUCAGUAGACCCUACAGUCACAUGGUAAUUAUUUUUGGUUUCUAUUAACGGGACCAAUUUAAUGUUAUUGGUGUAACUGAAUAGGAUUGGAUUAAGAUUUUUGCCUUGGUGUCAAAAUUGGCAAAAAACUUUUCUUUGACUUGAGCUAGAUGCUUGUAUCUUUACUUGCUUUUAAUUUUUCAAAAAAUGAGCAAUUUGGACCUUUUAUUAUUUUCUUCAUUGGAUCACUGUACUACAUUCCAUAGUUUAUCCGUGUUUAUGAUUUUUCGAAGACA